AUGGAGUCCUCCCAGCAAGCCGGCCAACAGACGGCCAAAUUACCUCAACUGGAGAUCCUCAACCCAUCCGUCCCGCACAGCUUCUCAGUACCCUCCAAAUGCAUCAACGAGGGGCCAGAUGUCCCACAUUUCCUCACCUCCAAGGCAUACCGCGAUAUCGGUAUUUUUGUCAUGCAGCUGAACCGAGCGCUAUGUCCCCGGAAGUCCUCCAGUGGUCCUUCAAAGACGUUUCCCCUCGCCGGUGGGAAUCGGCAGGAUACUCCAGCCGUCCGUAACUUGAGGGACCUUCUAGACAGGACAGCCAAAUUAAUCGACGAGGCACCUCCUGACCCUGGCCCACGAAGGUUUGGAAACAUCAGUUUCCGGAAAUGGUACAAACUGUUGGAAGACAACGUGGACGGGUUUCUGAAGGAGUUUAUGAGUGCCGACAUUCUCAACUUUGGGGCCUCGGAAGACACAACAGCUCAACAUCCUGGUGCGAGGAGUGAAGACGGCCAAAGUGCACGAGCCGUCGAUGAACUGAAGGCGUAUUUUCUCGGAGGAUUUGGCAGUGCUCAAAGGCUCGACUAUGGUACGGGGCACGAGCUGAGCUUUCUAGCUUUCGUGGGCUGCUUGUGGAAACUGGGAGCUUUCAAAGAUGGUGUUCAAGGUGGUGAAAUCGAGCGCAGUAUUGUUCUUGGUGUUUUUGAACCGUAUCUCAAAGUGGUCCGUCGUCUUAUCCUCACAUACACCCUCGAGCCAGCAGGCUCACAUGGUGUCUGGGGUCUCGACGACCACUCCUUCAUGCCGUACGUCUUCGGCUCUGCACAAUUCACCCGUCCAAUCACCGAGGACGAGCCCAUGCCCCUCGAAGGCUCCGUUGAGCGGGCCCCAAAGCCGGGCGACAUCCUCAAGCCCGAAGCUGUGGAGCGGCUACGAGAGACCAAUAUGUACUUCUCCGCCGUCGGGUUUAUCAACGACGUCAAGAAGGGCCCCUUUUGGGAACACAGCCCGAUCCUCUACGACGUGUCGGGCAUCAAAGACGGCUGGGGCAAGAUCAACAAGGGUAUGAUCAAGAUGUUCAACGCCGAGGUCCUGUCCAAAUUCCCUGUCGUGCAGCACUUCCCCUUCGGCUCGCUGUUUUCCUGGGACAGCGACCCCGAGGCGUCGAAGCCUCAGCAGUCUGUCCACCUGGCCAACCAACCUACAAACACCGCUGUGCCUUUUCAGUCUGCCGGCACAGCUGCGCCUUGGGCCCAAGCGACACGCAUGCCUGGACCAUCUGGGCCCGGGAUUCCUUAUACCAGAGCACCAGGAGUGGCUCCAGGUGUCAGGGGAGCGGUUGAGCCGCCACAGACCGCGAGGCCUCCGGAUGUGGGACCAACAAUGUUACCACCUGGGCCCCCGCGGCCGAACGGUCCUCCUGGCACAGCUGGGCAUCAAAUCAGUGUUACGAAGGCCCCAUGGGCAAAGUAG